AACGCAGUCUCCAUAUCAAAUACCCCAUCUAUCACUCUCUUUCUUUCCCACCCCACCCUCACUCUCCCUUCAUAAUGCAAGGGAGUCAUAUCCAUGUCCACCCCUUGUUCACACUCGCUCUCCUAUCCAUCUUCUUCAUCUCCACCUCCACUGCGUGGCGCCCAUGGCCCACUCACAACGCUACCAAGUCGGAGCUCCAGUUUGGAGGCUCCAAAAAGUACGAAGGCUCAUCGGACUUCGUGAAGCUCCGGUACCACAUGGGCCCGGUUCUGACUGCCAAUAUCACCGUUCAUAUCAUCUGGUAUGGCAAAUGGCAAACACCCCAGAAGAAAAUUAUCCGUGAAUUUAUCUCUUCCAUUUCCGACCCGGGUCCGACUCGCGGCCCGACCCGGAAACCGAACCGGCCAUCGGUGUCGAAAUGGUGGAGGACGGUUCAGCUCUACACGGACCAAACCGGUGCUAAUAUUUCACGGACGGUUCAUCUCGGACCGGAGAAGAACGACCGGUUUUAUUCUCAUGGUAAGUCUCUUACACGUUUGUCUAUACAGUCUGUAAUAAAGAGUGCUGUGACUGCUAGGACCCGACCCUUACCCGUUAACCCGAAAGGGGGUGUGUACUUGUUACUGACGUCGGAUGACGUAAUGGUACAAGAUUAUUGUCAGAAUGUGUGUGGGUUCCACUACUUUACGUUUCCAUCUAUUGUGGGGUACACUUUACCGUACGCAUGGGUGGGUAAUUCGGGUAAGCUUUGCCCCGGAAUGUGUGCUUACCCGUUUGCUGUACCCGAUUAUAUACCCGGUUUGAAAGCAGUGAAAUCACCAAACGACGACGUUGGGGUAGAUGGGAUGAUAAGUGUGAUUGGUCAUGAGAUUGCUGAGAUGGCAACUAAUCCGUUGGUGAAUGCUUGGUAUGCCGGGUCGGAUCCGAUUUUCCCCGUUGAGGUAGCGGAUCUUUGUGAGGGUAUUUAUGGAACUGGGGGAGGUGGGUCUUAUACGGGGCAGAUGAUCAACGAUAAGGAUGGUGCCACGUAUAAUAUGCAUGGGAUUAGAAGGAAGUUUUUGGUGCAGUGGAUAUGGAACCCUUUGUUAAAUUACUGUACCGGCCCUAAUGCUCUUGAUCUGUAAUUUAGUGUUUUAAUGUUGUUUUGUAAUAGCUUGUUUAAGUAAGUUUAUAAUGGUCACUUUUGGUGAAGUUUGUUUUGAGAAAAUGAAAAAGAAAAAAAGAGUUGGUUUGUAAUAGCUUGUUUAAGUAAGUUUAUAAUGGUCACUUUUGGUGAAGUUUGUUUUGAGAAAAUGAAAAAGAAAAAAAGAUUUGGUUCUUCCAAUGUUAUAAAUAAAGUACUACUGUAUUAUUUGUUGUAA